CCACCCAGGCUCGCCCUUUUUCUGGCCCUGUCUGGCCCAUCUAUUCCAACUUCUGGCCCUGAGCCCACCCGGGAACUCAGUCCCCACCCCUUCUAGGCCAUCCCUGGUGCCGCUCGUGACAGCGCCCCUUUAUGGUUGUGUGAGGGCCCUCUCCUAACUUAACUAGGGUGUCAUCGCUCCCCCCCCCCCACUCCUCCUCCCGUUAGCACCCAAGGCCAGCCCUUUCCUGUGGUGUCAUCCCACGCGGCCGCACAUCCAACUUGCACCCGCCUCACAGCUGAGCUCCGGGCCCCUCCUGCACCCCCAGGAUGACAGUUGGCAUCAGAGGGGGCUUGGGUGAGGGUCGAACACCGAGCUGCGGAAGGAGAAGUCGCGGGACGCGGCCCGCAGCCGGCGCAGCCAGGAGACGGAGGUGCUGUACCAGCUGGCGCACACUCUGCCCUUUGCGCGCGGCGUCAGCGCGCACCUGGACAAGGCCUCCAUCAUGCGCCUCACAAUCAGCUACCUGCGCAUGCACCGCCUCUGCGCAGCAGGGGAGUGGAACCAGGUGGAAAAAGGGGGAGAGCCACUGGACGCCUGCUACCUGAAGGCCCUGGAGGGUUUCGUCAUGGUACUCACCGCCGAGGGAGACAUGGCUUACCUGUCGGAAAAUGUCAGCAAGCACCUGGGCCUCAGUCAGCUGGAGCUCAUUGGACACAGUAUCUUUGAUUUUAUCCAUCCCUGUGACCAAGAGGAACUUCAAGACGCCCUGACCCCCAGGCCGAACCUGUCAAAGAAGAAGCUGGAAGCCCCAACAGAGCGCCACUUUUCCCUGCGAAUGAAGAGCACGCUCACCAGCAGAGGGCGCACGCUCAACCUCAAAGCGGCCACCUGGAAGGUGCUGCACUGCUCAGGACAUAUGAGGGCCUACAAGCCCCCUGCACAGACUUCCCCUGCCGGGAGCCCUCGCUCCGAGCCUCCCCUGCAAUGCCUGGUGCUUAUCUGUGAAGCCAUCCCCCACCCAGCCAGUCUGGAGCCCCCGCUGGGCCGAGGGGCCUUUCUCAGUCGCCACAGCCUGGACAUGAAGUUCACAUACUGCGACGAGAGGAUUGCAGAAGUUGCUGGCUACAGUCCUGAUGACCUGAUUGGCUGUUCUGCCUAUGAAUACAUCCACGCUUUGGACUCUGAUGCGGUCAGCAGGAGCAUCCACACUUUGUUGAGCAAGGGCCAGGCAGUAACGGGGCAGUAUCGCUUCCUGGCCCGGACUGGAGGCUAUCUGUGGACUCAGACUCAGGCUACAGUGGUGUCAGGGGGGCGGGGCCCCCAGUCGGAAAGUAUCAUCUGCGUCCACUUCCUGAUCAGCCGUGUAGAAGAGACCGGAGUGGUGCUGUCUCUGGAACAAACGGAGCAACAUACUCGCAGACCCCCUCGGCUGAGUGCCUCCUCGCAGAAGGGUAUCCCUGGCAACAGUGUAGACUCUCCUGCUCCGCGGAUCCUGGCCUUCCUGCACCCUCCGGCCCUGAGUGAGGCCUCCCUGGCUGCUGACCCUCGCCGUUUCUGUAGUCCAGACCUGCGCCGCCUCAUGGCACCCAUCCUGGAUGGACCUCCCCCAGCUGCCACGCCCAGCACCCCACAAGCUACACGGAGACCCCAAAGUCCUCUUCCGGCUGAUCUCCCAGAUAAGUUGACAGUGGGCUUGGAAAAUGCGCACAGACUCUCCACUGCCCAGAAAAACAAGACCGUGGAGACAGAUCUAGAUAUAGCUCAGGACCCUGACACUCUGGACUUGGAGAUGCUGGCCCCCUACAUCUCCAUGGAUGAUGACUUCCAGCUCAACUCCAGCGAGCAAUUGCCCAAAGUCCACCGCAGACCUCCCAGGGUGGCCCGCAGGCCCCGUGCUCGGAGCUUCCAUGGCCUGUCGCCUCCUAUCCCUGAGCCCUCCCUACUACCCCGCUGGGGGAGUGAUCCACGACUGAACUGUUCCAGUCCUUCCAGGGGCGAUCGCCCCACAGCCUCCCUGAUGCCUGGAACUCGGAAGAGGGCCUUGGCCCAGAGCUCAGAGGACAAAGGGUUGGAGCUGCUGGAAACUAAGCCGCCCAAGCGGUCCCCAAGACUAGAACCUGGAAGCUUCCUGCUGCCUCCGCUCAGCCUGAGUUUCCUUCUGCAAGGUCGACAACUCCCGGGGAACCAGCAGGAUCCCAGAGCCCCCCUCGUGCAUUCUCAUGAGCCCUUGGGCCUAGCUCCCUCGCUGCUCUCUCUCUGCCAGCAUGAGGAAACUGUCCAGCCCAGGAACCGCUUCCCGCCAGCAGCAGGCUUGGGCCAGACCCACUGAGUCAGCCUUCCUCUCAGCCCUCUUCUUCUAUCCCAGAAAGGACUCAGCCACACUCCACACCAGCAGCCUACACCCAGGAUGGGGCCUCUCUCCUCUGAGUGUGCCCCCCCCAGCCAGCCACAGUCCUACCUCAGCCCCCCAACCUUCUGCUGCCCCCAGUCGGAGGCUUCUUGGGUAUUCUCAGCUCAGUGACCUUUGGGAGGGGUGUGUGACCCUCCCCACCUCCUCUCAGGACUUCCUUUGGGGUUCUCCACAGUUCUCCAUACCUCAAUACCCCUUUUUCUGACUCUCUUUGCUUUAUUUGGGAGAAUGAGGGGUUGGGAGAAUCGGAGAUCCAUCUCUGAUCCUGGCCCCAUGGAGCUUAGACAACUGUAAUCACAUUUUUUGGUUGUUGUUUUGGUUUUUUUGUUUGUUUUUUGUUUUCUCCCUGUUCCUCUUCUAUCGGCUUGACUUUGUCCUUUUCACAAUAGGGCAUUCAGUCACUCUGCAUUGCACAGAUCCACAGCAAUUGUGAGACUCUGGUCUUCCCCCUCUUCCGUGGCAAAUGUGGGAAGACUCUGGGUCAGAUUUCACCUCAAACAACUUAUGGAGUCUCAGCCUUCCAACUGCCCCCCAGCUCUGCUUGCCAUGUCUGCUCCUGACUUCAUGCUGGCCCCAGACGCUGCCUAAAUAAUGACUUCAUUUGUGAUCUUCCUGUGUUAGGGGGAGCCAGCGACUUCCUCCACUCCACAGACCUAUAAUCUCUGGAUCUUGAAUACUUGACUCCCACCUUUACUGUUUGUAGACUGUGCAACUUCUAGCCUUCCCUGGACCUAGGCUAUACCACUUUCUCUCUUCCUUGCACCUAGACAUGUAGCUCCUGGUCUUUGUUGGCUCUAGACUGAAAACCCUUGGGCCUUCUCUGGUUCUAGAGAUCUCUGGGUUCUCUGAUUCUAGACUUUCUACUUCUUGGUUCUAAAACAUACAAUCCAUGGCUUUUCCCUGGCUCUCUGACUCCAUAUUUCUCAUCUUUUUUCUGUUUCUAGAAUGUGAAACCUGUGAGCUUCAUUGGCUGUAGACUGUACCACCAGUGGUCUCCUCUAGUUUGUGACUCAUGACCUCUGGCCUUCCCUUGUUCUAGACACUGUGGCCUCUGGCCUCCAUGGUUCUAAACUGUGUUGUUCCUGCCUUCUUUUGUUCUAGACUGUUCAAUCUCUGACAUUCUCUAGUUCUAGUCUGUACAGUCUCCAGUCUUUUACCUGACUCUAGACUGCAGGCCUUUGGACCUGGCUCUGGUUCUAGACCAUGCCACUUCUCUGGCCUUUUCUCUGAUUCUAGACUUUAGGCCCUCUGGUUUUCUGUGGUUCUAGAACAGGGGUUCUCAACCUUCCUAAUGCUGCAACCCUCUAAUACAGUUUCUCAUGUUGUAGUGACCACUGACUAUAAAUUUAUUUCAUUGCUGCUUCAUAACUGUAAUUUUGCAUCUGUUAUGAAUCAUAAUGUAAAUAUCUGGUAUGCAGGAUAUCUGAUAUCUGAUCCUCAAAGUGGUCACAGCCCACAGAUUGAGAGCUGCUGUUCUAGACUCUACAGCCUAUGAGCUUCUUUGAUUCUAGGUUAUGCUGCCUCUGGUCUUCACUGGUUCUAAACUAGAUGACCACUAGCCUUCUCUGGCAUUCCCUGGUUCUAGACUGUGCUGUCAUUGACUUCCCCCUGGUUCUACACUGUGUUAUCAUUGGCUUCCCCCCUGGUUCUAGACAGCAUCAUUUCCAACAUGGUCUGUUAAAGACCUCAAUUUCUUCAAACCCCUCUACUUCCACAUCUCAUACUCUUUAGUUCUUUCUUGGGCUGGAUCUCACAGCUCCCAAUCUGCCAUUUUAAAGUGGGGUUUGAAUUACAUAAUCUGUAAAGCUCUCUGGAUCUAAAGCCUACAACCACCAAGAAUCCUCUAGCUUCAAGGCUUAUUCUGUAAUUUCCUCUGGUUCUAGGCCUCUUCUUAAAAAUCCUCUGGUUCUCAUGCCCUCUGCUGCCUGUCAUUGCAGACCAUUGGUGUGUGUAGUAGCAAGGAUUAAACCUCAGGCCUUGCACGUGCUAGGCAAGCACUCUACCACGGAGCUUUCCCCAGUCCUGUCUUAUGUCUUAUUUUGAGACAGGAUCUUUAUUGGUUGCACAGACUAACCUUGAACUCAAGUCUGUUCAGAUAGACCCUGAACUCAUCCUGCUUCAGCCUCCCGAGUAGCUGGGAAUUACAGGCCUUUGAGACUGGGGCCAGCUAAUCUUAUAAUUGGCGAUCUCCUCUUGUUUCUGGAUUCCCCAACUCCAAGCUUCUUAUUAGCUCCGGUCUUUCUAAUCUGUAAGACAGUUGGUUUCAAAUCCAGACCUGAUUUCUAGAUCAUUUUGGUUCCAAACCUCAUGAUGUCGAGUUUAUUGUUCUUCAGACCCCUGUGCUUUCCCCCAGUAAGGAGGAGUGGAGUGAGUUUUAUGUCUUGAACUUGGAUCUGGCCUUUCUGGAACCACAUACCACGUGCCCAUUCUUUUGGGUUCUGGAUUUCAUUACCUUUAAUCAUUACCCAUGUUUUAGAUUAUGUAAACUCUAGACCCCGAAACUUCCAGGAUCCUCUGUUCUCAGAUGCUCUGGUGAUCUGCCUAUUACUGAGCUUCAAAUAUCAAGGUGGGCAGUGGUGGUGCACGUCUCUGAUCCUAGCACUUAGGAAGCAGAAGGAGGCAAAUCUCUAAGUUUGAGGCCAGCUGAUCUAUCGAGCAAGUUCCAGGAUGCCAGGGCUACAUGGAGAAACCCUGUCUCAAAAUCAACAAAACAGAACAAAACAAACAGCAAAUAUCUUCUGGGGUUUGUUACUGUUUUGAGACAGUGUCUUAAAUUCAUUGACCAUAAAAUUGCUAUGUAGCCAAAUGAUUUUAAAUCCGUGAUACCCCUUCACCCACCCCACCAAGUGCUGGGGUUACAGACAUGCCUAGUUGUAUGUGGUGUUGGAGACUGAAGCCAGAGCUUCAUGCAUGCUAGGCAAGUACUCUACCAACUGAGCUACACCCAGCCUCUAUAAAUGUCUUCUGCAUCUAGACCUAUCCCAUGAGUUUCUUUGGUUCUAGACCCCACAAUUGCCCAGUCCUCUUUACUUCAGAUCUUAACAACUCAAAGUACCCUGAAUCUAGAACAGAGUUUGAAAAUAUCAGCGGAUAUCUUGCCUUCUAUAUUUCUCUAGUUCUAAGCCUUAGAACCCCAAUCUUGAUUCUAGAUUUAAGAUCCUAAAAUCCCUGUGGAUUCUAGACCUUGGUUUGGGGGCUUUUCUUUCCCCAGGAAUGGGCUGGAUGACAUGCAGCUCUGACUGGCCUCCAGCUCACUAUAGAGCCAGAGAUGACCUUGAACUUGUGACCCUCUUCCCUCUGCCUCUCAAAUGCUGCGAUUGCAGGUGUCCAGCAGCUUGCUCACUUUGUGUGGUGCCAGGGAUGAACCCCAGCUUUGUGCGUGACAAUCAAGCACUCUACCAGCAGAGACACAUCCCUCUCCUACGCUUUGUCUAAUUCUGUCUCUCUGGGUUCCUUGGGGUUCUAGGCCUCAUAGUUUCCAGUUGCCUCUGGCUUCUGCUUCUCCUUCCUCAGGCUCUAGUAUGUAGCCUUCAAAUGUCUCUCGUUGUAGAAUCUAGAACUCACCAUGUAGAUGUCCUUGAUCUAAGAUCUCGCACCCCUUGACUCCCUGGGUUCAAAUCUGAUCCUUCUAGCUCCGUCUGGGCUUCCCAGCCCUCACUGAACUUGUCUCAGUUCUUAACCCUCCAGUCUUCUCCUCCCAGAUGUUCUGCUCAUGAAGUUCACGCUCAAGCCCCUCCUGUCUCAUAGCCCUAAAAAUUCUCUACCCUAGAACCUCUUUCACACCUCACCCCAAGCCUCCAGGCAUGCAUUCAACCUUAACUCUACUCCAGGUAUCUAGGGACCUGGGGCUCCUUCUCCUUCCUAGGAGCUCCAUAAUCCAGCCGCACACAGGCACACGCACAGCCCUAUCUGCAUAUCUUGGGGUGGGGAAAGAGGGCAGGACCCCUCCACUGUCUCCCACCAGCUAUGCAUCUUCCUAACCCCCAGCUCCCCUUCCACGAUGGUGCUACUCUGGGUCUUCCACAGGAGAAGACUCCCAUCUCUACCUUAUUCACCCCUCUUUGGAAGGCACUACUUUGUCUUGUCAAGAGGUGGCCUGUUCAGGUGCUACAGGGGAAAGGGACUGAAUCCUCUCUCCCCUCAUGGGUGUUGUGGGCCCUUAACCGGAAAAAUUGUCCUGGCUAGGAGGGAGGGAAGGACAUGGCCCAGCUAUCCUUAGCCCAGAAACCCACAAAUGUCUCCAAAACCACCAUAAAGACCUCUCCUUGUUAGGCACCAGAGAGACCGGUGUUGACUCAUCUGUGGGGUUGCUUUGGAGGUUGUGGGUACACUGUGUAGCUGGGAUUCCUUGUUUUUUUAUGGAGAAUGUGACAAAGCCUAUUGUAAACCAGGCUAGCCUCAAAUUCACUGUGUAGCCAAGGAUGACCUGUAACUUUGAUCAGCCUGCCUCCACCUCUUAAGUGCUGGUAUAACAGGGGUGUGCCACUACCACUACAUUUGGCUUUCAUAAUACUUUCUGGUGCUGUGUGUGUGUGUGUGUGUGUCUCUGUGUGUGUAUGAGUCUCUGUGUAUGCUGAUGUUGCUAUUUUGUGGAAACAUGUGGGUCUUUGUACCAUGCUUCUGUGGUGGGAGGAUUGUGAUUCUUUCUGCACAUUGAUGUUAGUUUCUGGAUAUUUUUCUGUACUUUCUUGUUGCAAACAUUGUGAUUUUUUUUU